UUGGAUUGAUUGAUCUUCAGUCCCACGUGCGUUUCUUGUCGAGACGCCGCAGCGGCGCAGCUCCCAGUUUCACCUCCGCUGUUUAAACUUUAAUAGCGUCCAGGCAAAAUGGAGAAACUGAAUUUUUAUGCUGUUUGGUCCCUGCGUGACACUCCUCGACAGUUUAGUUGCAAAUCUAACAGAAGGCGCUUCCAAGUCCACGUUCCGCUGCCUCUCCCCAAACAGCUGGUCAUCUUCGGAUUCGGAGACUGGUCGUGCAAAGACACAGCAUUCUCUGCGGAGGUGGUGGUCAGUGAGGACGUCCAGCCACAGAACAUAGGGACUCUGUCCUCACAGAUAAAGUGUUUGACCUGGGAAGGUGACUGGAGUGAUGACAUCAUCACAGUGUCUGAAGAGAGAGGCAGGAGAGGAAUGUAUGGGAAGAUUGUGUUGAAGGCCUGCAGAGAGGAUAACACCAGUGUCAGCAGCACCCCUUUGGCCCAGAGGAAACUCCAGAUCUCAGGACCAUGCAGUGUGGCUGAUCUCUCCAGCUCAAUACAGGAAACUCUUGAAACUGAAACGUUCCCAGUGAUUAAAGUUGAGACCAGUGACUUUCCUCGCCCUGCAGCUCGGCCUUUGGAUAACACCAGUGUCAGCAGCACCCCUUUGGCCCAGAGGAAACUCCAGAUCUCAGGACCAUGCAGUGUGGCUGAUCUUUCCAGCUCAAUACAGGAAACUCUUGAAACUGAAACGUUCCCAGUGAUUAAAGUUGAGACCAGUGACUUUCCUCGCCCUGCAGCUCGGCCUUUGGAUAAGUCACCAACGCGUACUGUCAAUAAUCGGAGAGCCCGCCCGACGUGGAGCUCCGAUGAAACAGACAGUCUCACAGAGGACACGGACAAAACUCCCACUUCCAAAAGGACGAAACUGUGCAGCAUUAACAUCCGGGAGAAAAUAACUGAGCAGAUUAAAAACGAAAGCAGGGAAGUUUCAGCAUGUCCAUCAAAGCGCUGGAGCCACACUCUGUGUCUGAGUGACCCAGAUACGGCUGUCCUGAUUGGAGGGGAAACUUCGAAUCAGAACUACUGUGAGGAUUCGCUGUGGAAGCUUGAGUUGGACAGUAACUUCUGGUUCCCAAUGAACUCGUCUGCUACUGGACCAGUGCCUCCAUGUACCCGAGGACACACAGCGACCUUUGACCAAGACUCUAAGGCAGUCUUUGUGUACGGCGGCCUGAGGGAGAGUCAGUGCUACAGCGAGCUGUACAUCCUUAAUACUCUGACCUGGAAGUGGAGACUUGUCACUGCAAAAGGGAAAGUGCCGGCUUUAUCAUACCAUUCAGCAGUUUUCUACCAGAAAGAGCUUUUUGUCUUCGGAGGAGUUCAGCCAAGCAAUGGACUGGGAGAUAAAUGCAGCAACGCUCUCUACAUCUUCAACCCAGAAUAUGAGCUCUGGUACCAGCCCAUUGUGGAGGGAGACAAGCCUCUGCCUCGCUUUGGGCACUCAGCUACGCUUCUUGGACAGAAACUGGUCAUUUUUGGAGGACAAAUGACUGCUGCCUACUUAAAUGAUCUUCAUGUUUUAGAUCUGGGACUGAUGGAGUACACAGCUGUGAAAUGUGCGAACAGGCCACCAUUGCCUCGAGGGUUUCAUGCAGCAGCUCCAGUGUUGGGAAACAGGAUUUUGAUCAGUGGAGGCCGCAGUGCAAUUGGACCUCUGCAGGAUGUGCAUGUCUUCAACACUGACACCGACAUGUGGAGCUCAGUGACAUGUCCACUGCUUUGCUCUAAACCCUGUGCAGGACACAGCAUGAUAAAUUUACAAACUGAGCAAGGUGAAAACAGAAAUAUCAAGUGCACAGUGCUGGUCUUUGGUGGGUCUGACUGCUCUGGUUCCUUCUACAACGACACACAAAUAUUUUGCCUGGAAAUCACUGACAAAUGAUCCAUGCAGUCGCAGACAACUGAUGUGAAAGAAAAGUGGUUUAUUUUGCUUUAUUCUGGUUUGAAUUAUUCAUAAUGUGACCUCAAAUUGUGUACCAGUAAUAAGAUGUAUGCACUAAUACCUGAAGUUUUGCACUUUGCAUAACAAAUCUUUAAUUUGCAUGUUUUGGACAUUACGAAUUUGUGCGUUAUUGUGUGUUGGUAAAACAUUUUUACAUAAUGCUGUGGAAUAUUUUAUGAGUUUCAUUGUUUAAUGCUGAUUAAAUAAAAACACUUGUUUUAAAGUACUUUAUUUAA